CGGUUUCAAUUCAGGCAUUCUAGCCUACACACCGAACCGCAAUGGCGUUGCUACAUGAAGAACUUCUUACAGAUAUAGGAAAAUGUCUCACAUGUUCAAUAUGCUUUGACAUUUUCACUGAUCCGGUGACUUUAACUUGUGGCCACAGUUAUUGUAUGAAAUGUUUAGAGGAUUAUCUACUUGGAAGAGCGAAGACGAGGAAGGAUUGUCCCGGUUGCAGAGGAAAAAUUCGAACAGGUUUUAAACUGAAUAAAAAUGUUCUACUUUGUAACAUCGUGAAUGUUCAUAACGAACAUAAACGUUUUGUAUCCACUGAAGAAUUUACAAAAGGACAUGAAAUGGAAGUGGACUUCAAAGAGGAUAAAGCUGAAGAAUGUGUGGCCUCACACUCACAACAGACUGAUAUCAACAGAUCAUCUGAGCUGGGAAGUACUAUUCAACAGCAACAGAUGGAGGCCCCUGUUGUUAUAAAUGACACAAGCUCAGAAGUGACAGAUGACAGAUGUCCAGAUGUCCCAGCCUCCCAUGAUGGUCGGGUUCAGGAGUUGCCUAUCUCCCCUCCUUCAAAUGACAGACACCGGGCUGAAGCAGGCUUUGCCCCUCCACCCCAUCCCCUGCCUGGGGUCAGCUUCUCCUGGCUCACCUUCAACCCAGCCCUAGGCCACAGGUGCCUGACCUUCAUACCCAAUGAGCACAGAGUGGUGACCAAGAGGACGUCCUCCGCAUGCCACGACGGCCGCUUUGACAUCAGCCAGUGGAUGGCGGAGCAGGAGUUCAGCGAAGGCUGCCACUAUUGGGAUGUAGAUACGUCGGCGAGCGUGGGCUGGGCCGUCGGGGUUUCCUACCCCAGCAUCGGCCGCAGAGAUCAGCUGGGUCGCACAGCCAACUCCUGGUGCCUGGAGUGGAGCAGGAACAAGCUCUGCUACUGGCACGAUAACAUAGAGGAGUUUAUCAAACAUGGCUGCCCCAGUAUCGUUAGACUGGCUUUGGAUGUGACAAAUGGGACCUUGUCAUUUUAUAGCCUGUCUGAUAGUCAGACUCUGCUGCAUUGUGUGGAGGAGGGAUUCACAGAGCCAGUGAGGCCAGUGUUCUGGCUGUUUGGGCUGAAGCUAAACAAUGCUCUGUCCUUUCCUCCUUGCGUGUCAUAAGGAUAUGUGAGGAUGGGGACAACAUAAAGAGUUGUCUGUUUACGAGUGAGAUAAAUAAAAUAACAUAUUUAGUAAUUAAUAUAUUUAGCACAAUAUUCCUAUUAGAGGUCAAAAUAAAAUGACAAUCACCCAUA